AUGACGGGGAAGAAAUCUUCCCGAGAGAAGCGGCGCAAACGCAGCAGUCAGGAGGCGGCCGCGGCACUCGCGGCCCCGGAUCUCGUGCCGACCGUCGCCAGCUGCGGCAGCGGAAGCACCAGCGGCUGCGGGAGCACCGGCGGCUGCGGGAGCGUCAGCUGCUGUGGGAAUACCAGCUUCAGUGGAAGUGUCACGGGCGGCGGGAGCGGCGGGAGCUGCUGGGGCGGGAGCCUCGGGGAGCGCGGGGAGCGCGGGGAGCGCCGGAAGCGGAGAAGCACCGACUCAUCCUCCAGCGUCUCGGGGUCUCUGCAGCAGGAAACCAAGUAUCUUUUGCCAACUUUGGAAAAAGAGUUAUUCUUAGCAGAGCACAGUGAUCUUGAGGAAGGUGGACUGGACCUGACCGUAUCAUUAAAACCAGUUAGUUUCUAUAUAUCAGACAAAAAGGAAAUGCUUCAGCAGUGCUUCUGUAUUAUAGGAGAGAAAAAGUUACAGAAGAUGCUUCCUGAUGUGUUAAAGAACUGUUCAGUAGAAGAAAUUAAAAAACUAUGCCAGGAACAGUUAGAGCUCCUGUCUGAAAAAAAAAUCUUGAAGAUUCUUGAGGGUGACAAUGGUAUGGACUCUGAUAUGGAAGAGGAGGCAGAUGAUGGCUCUAAGAUGGGAUCUGAUUUAGUCAGUCAGUAA